AUGCUCUGCACAAGACCAGUCAGCGAGCCUCGCUCGUCCUUUGCGCCCGCCCCGUCGGCAGACAAGACAUGGGAGUCGGUGCAGGCAAAGAGUAAGUAUGCAUGGGUAAACGCCCGACUGUCAGAAAACUCGCUAGGCGCGCUCAACAACAUUUGCACAGACUUCCACGACGGCACAGCGCUCAUUCAUCUACUGGAGAUAAUCGGCGACGAGCGCCUGGGGCGGUACAACCGGACCCCGCGCAUGCGCAUCCAGAAGGUGGAGAACGUCAACCUGGCCCUGGACUACAUCCGUAUGCGCGGCAUCAGCCUGACAAAUAUCGGCGCCGAGGACAUUGUCGACUCGAAUCCAAAGCUGAUUCUGGGCAUGGUGUGGACCAUCAUUCUGCGCGCCAAGGAGGGCCUGCUGCUGUGGUGCCAGCGCAAGACCGCGCCGUAUCAGGACGUGGACCGCGACAUCCAUGGCAACACCGCGCUGGCCUUUGAGGUUGCCGAGCGCUACCUGGGCAUCCCGAAGCUGCUUGAUGUUGAGGAUGUGUGCGACACGACGAAGCCUGACGAGCGGUCCAUCAUGACCUACGUGGCUCAGUACUUCCACGCCUUUUCAUCGCUGAACAAGGCUGAGACCGCAGGCCGCCGAUUGGGCAAUCUGUCUACGACAUGGAGAAUGACUUUGAGGCUCCGCGUGGCCAGGCUUAUCGACGCCAUCCACACCAAGCAGGACGAGUGGCGGCGCACCAAGUUUGAGACGUCCUAUGCCAGCGCGCGCAAGCACUCGGAUGACUUCAACGACUACAAGACCAAGCGUGCUACAUACAACCUGUCGCCGUUCGUGCCACGGCCUGGGCUGAGUCCGCGGGAUCUGGAGGCUGCGUGGAGCGAGCUGGCGGAGGCCGAGGUCAAGCACCGCAAGACCAUCAACCAGUGUAUCCGCGAGUCGCAGGACCGCCUGCAGCGCGCAUAUGGCGAUGAGGCCAACGGCAUCAUGGCCACGCUCAACAGCAUCUCCAGCGGGCUGUCGGCGCUGAGCGGCGAUCUCAACGACCAGCAGGCCACCGUUGACGCACUGUAUGCUACUGCCGAGCCCCUGUCAGCCGCGCUGAAGCGGGUCAGCGUGCUUGAGCAGAAAUGCAUCGACGCAAACAUUGACGAGUACGACUACACCGGUGCGCUGGAGAAAAAGUCGCAGUUCAUCGAGAACCAGAAUGUCGCCCGCAACAUGACCAAUCUGACCCCGGCGCAGCUCGAGGAGUUCGAGUCGACCUUCAAGCACUUUGACCGCGAUGACACCAACGUGCUCCACGACAUCGAAUUCAGGACGGCCAUGGAGAGCCUGGGAUCUAUAUUCCGGUUCCUGGUCGAGCUGACCGAGGACCAGACCACACCCGAGCAGCUGCUUGAGUCGUUCCGUGUCAUUGCUGCCGACAAGGACUACGUUACCGAAGGCGACCUGAGGAUGUCGGAUUUGUCGCCUGCCAUCUAUUGCGUAUCUGGUGCAGGUGAUGCCCCAGUCGCCUUCGGCUACCAACGGCUUCGACUACCUGGCGUAUUUGGAGCAUGUCUUUGA